AUGUCUGAUAGAUUAAAUAAUUACAAAAAUCAAAUAACAUAAUUUCCUAUCGUCGAAUCAUCAAUAGACUAUUUUGACUUCCCUUCAUUAUUAACAUCUGAAUAAAAUACAACAAGAAAGGCCUUUCGUGAAUUUCUUCAUAAAGAAAUAGCUCCCUAUAUAAACGAAUAUAUUGAAAAAGCCCAAUUUCCCGACUUCGUUCUUCCAAAAUUUCGCCAAUUUGGUCUAUUUAAUCAUUUAUUAAAUGCCCCAUAUGGACUAUCUUCCAGUAUUUUAUCUUAGGGAAUUUUAUUUGCCGAAAUUUCAAGAGUAGAUGCUAGUUUGGCAACGUUUUCAGCGGUUUAGAGUUCUUUACUGAUGUCCACAAUCGAAAUUUUAGGUAGUGAGGAAUAAAAAAACAAAUACCUUCCAAAAUUAAGAGACCUAGAACUGGUAGGAGGAUGGGGUUUAACUGAAGAAAAAGUCGGUUCUGACGCCUCUUCCCUUUAAACAAGCGUAAAAAGAGACCCAAGCGGAAAAGGCUGGAUAUUAAACGGCAAUAAAAGAUGGAUUGGAAAUGGAAAUAAGGAUAUAAUGAUUGUAUGGGCCCGAAACGUUGAAAAUAAUAAGGUCUAAGGUUUCAUAGUGGAUUUAAAGAGUCCUGGUGUCAAUUCAGUCGUCAUAAAGAACAAACUAGCACUCAGAAUGGUCUAGAACUGCUAAAUAUAGUUCAAUAAUGUGCAUAUUCCAGAGGAAAAUUUCCUCCCUAAAGCCACUGAUUUCCAAAAAGGAACAUCUAAAAUUCUCCUUCAUUCCAGAUUAAUAGUUUGUUGGAUUACCUUCGGAGUCGCAAUGGGAGUCUACGACCACACAAUAAAAUACAUGAACGAAAGGAAACAAUUCGGUGUGAAGAUUUCCUCCUUUUAAAUCUAAUAGGAGAAAAUACAAAGAAUAAUGAGCAAUGUACAGGCCAUAUUAUUCCUAUGUUGGAGACUAUCAGUAUUAUACGAUUAAGGAAAUAUCACUAUAGGACAAGUUGCUUUAGGAAAAGCCUUUGCGACAGAAAGAACGAGGGAAAUAACCAGAUUAGGGAGAGAAAUUUUUGGUGGAAAUGGGAUUAUUUUUGAUAAUUAUGUGAUGAAAGCUUUAGUUGAUACUGAAGCUUUGUAUACUUAUGAAGGAACAUAUGAUAUUAAUGCUUUGGUUGCCGGAAGAGAGUUGACUGGUAUUUCUGCUUUUAAAACUAAAUGA